AUGGUCUAUGUAAUUGAGAUGGAUCAAAGGCAGGAGAACAGGUACUUAAUAGUAGAGGAAUUGGAGCGAUUACAGCCAUCACUGUGGAGAGGAGAAGUGGCUUAUCGUCAAAUCCUGUCCUGUUUAGCAGCCUCCAUAGCACAGCUGCAAACAGACAAGAGUGGUGUAGUUUGGUACCAAAGGGAGAGGUUACUGGGAGAGUCAAAAUAUGAUGUGGGAGUUGAAGGACAAGGUGUUGAGAGAGAUAGAUUCAUUUACCAGUCAGGUAUCGGCCAUGGCUGGGAGAGGUUACUGGGAGAGUCAAAAUAUGAUGUGGGAGUUGAAGGACAAGGUGUUGAGAGAGAUAGAUUCAUUUACCAGUCAGACAAAGCAAAUAGAUUGACCUUCAAUCUAAUUUUGCCUUAUCUUUCUUCACAGCUUCCUGUUAUGGGAGGAGCCUUUAUGGACUCACCCAACGAGGACUUUAGUACAGAGUACUCCUUGUUUAACUCAUCAGCCAACGUCCAUGCAGCUUCUUCCAUGCAGAAUCCACCAGAAGAGACAUCCCGUUCUUCAAAUGAUGCCAUAUUGUUAUGGAUUGCAAUAAUAGCAACAAUUGGAAAUAUUGUGGUUGUGGGAGUGGUGUAUGCCUUCACCUUCUAG